UGGCUAGCCGAGUGUCCUAUGACUUUCGCAGAAUGUGUGCGGUGUGUGAAGUAUGUGGCUCAAAAUGGCGUCGCUCCCCUCGCGCACAGUUCCCCAUGGUAAAUUGUGACGCACUCUGCACCACUUUGCUUGUAGGAGCGGCCUAGAGUUUAAAUUACAUUCGGUCUGCUUUUAAAAAACCAUAUGGAUGAACGUCAUGCUCGAUCAUAAGUGCUCGAUAGUUUGUCCUGGACUUCAGCAUUCGUCAGUUUUUCUGUCUGCUUGUUAUUUCUAUGUCCUUGUUAGCUGUCUGACGAAGUUCUCAGCUAGGUUGUAGCCAAUGAGUCGUUUGGUAAAUACAGGCCCACCCUGAGUUUAUUUUAUUGUGUAAGUAAUUAUACGCCAUCUUUUGUACAAAUUGGCCAGUUUGCGUUGCCUUCCGUAGCAGUUAUUUGGGUUGCUAAAUUGGUAAUACAUACCCCCCAAACGAGCAUGAAAUAAUGUAUUAUUUCGGAUCAAACGAAAUAAUGACGCCGCGUGGACGCCGAGUCUCAUUUGUUUUAUGAGCUGUUGCGCAGCUGUUGGAACCAGUGUGGGGGAAACUUAGCCUACAAGCAAGGAGCUUGCAGCCUCAGUGGCAAAAUCUUUUUCAUGUCAGAGACCGAGUACGCUUCCAGUCGUUUAUGUCAUCCACUCUUCUCCAGACAGAAGAUACCAAAAAAUUGCAAUCCAAGAUCUUUUUAUCUUACUGAUAAAGCUAAUAGCGAGCCAAAAUGUCUGUCAACGUCAACCGCAGCGUGUCAGACCAGUUCUAUCGCUACAAGAUGCCCCGUCUGAUCGCUAAGGUGGAAGGAAAGGGAAAUGGAAUUAAGACGGUAAUCGUCAACAUGGUUGACGUUGCAAAGGCAUUAAAUAGGCCUCCAACGUAUCCCACCAAGUUUUUUGGCUGUGAGCUGGGUGCCCAGACCCAGUUUGAUGCCAAGAAUGACCGCUACAUUGUCAAUGGAUCUCACGAGGCGAACAAACUGCAGGACAUGCUGGAUGGUUUCAUCAGAAAAUUUGUGCUGUGUCCUGAGUGUGACAAUCCAGAAACUGACCUGCAUGUCAAUCCCAAGAAACAAACCAUCGGUAACUCCUGUAAAGCCUGUGGGUACCGAGGCAUGCUUGACACGCGACACAAGCUCUGCACCUUCAUUCUUAAAAAUCCACCAGAGAAUGAUAGUGGAUCUGUCAAAAAGGAGAAGGAAAAGAAGAACAGAAAGAAAGAUAAAGAGAAUGGUUCCAGCAGCGGAGAAGCUGGGAAUCACAAUGACAUAGAUGCCCCUGAAGCUGUGGACAGAGAUGACGAUGAUGAAGACUGGGCAGAGGAGACCACUGAGGAAGCCCAGAGACGCAGGAUGGAGGAAAUUAGCGAACACGCCAAGAACCUGACCCUCACCGAAGACCUGGAGAGGACCCUGGAGGAGAGGGUCAACAUGUUCUACAACUUUGUCAAGCAUAAGAAGGAAAACGGAGCGAUUGACAGUGCCGACAAGGAGAUCCUGGCUGAGGCAGAGCGGCUGGAUGUGAAGGCCAUGGGCCCCCUGAUCCUGAGCGAGCUGCUGUUCGAUGAGAACAUCCGGGACCAGAUCAAGAAGUACAAACGACACUUUCUGCGGUUUUGUCACAACAACAAGAAGGCCCAGAAGUACCUGCUUGGUGGCUUUGAGUGCCUGGUGAAGCUGCACCAGGCCCAGCUGCUUCCCCGGGUCCCCAUUGUACUGAAGGCCCUGUAUGAUGCAGACCUGCUGGAAGAGGACGUCAUCCUGGCUUGGGCUGAGAAGGUGUCAAAGAAAUAUGUCUCUAAGGAGCUCGCCAAAGAGAUUCAUGCCAAGGCUGCUCCCUUCGUCAAAUGGCUGAAAGAGGCCGAAGAAGAGAGCGAAGGCAGCGAGGAAGAGGAGGACGAAGAGGAUGAAAAUGUUGAGGUGGUUUACUCUUCCUCUGCACGUGAGCUGAAAGUGGAGACCGUGAAACCAGAAAAGUCUGACAACAAGGAAGAGGAUGAUAUUGAUAUUGAUGCCAUUUAAAAGCUGCCAUUUUUGCGCUUUGCAAAGCUUGAACCUGUUUUAAAGUAGAUCACAGGGCUUAAGUCCAGCUAGCCUGUCCUUCCCUGCUGCUGUGGCUUGGUUAACGUAGUGCUUUGCUAACUGCAUCAUAAUGUAGUGCUUGCUUUGAUAAAAUACUAAGAUGUAAGGGUUUCCUUUUUUUCCUCCCCCAAUUAGUAAGGGUUAUAGACAUCUGUACAUUUUGGGCUAUGAUGAAUUAACUGCACAUGAUUGUUUGUCUUGGUUUUUCUCUUGUAUUUUUUCCAAUCAAUAAAGAAUGUUUUGCUAUUCACACAA